CAGACCGGCCCGGGUACUGACUCUUGCUUUCACUUCCUCAGUGGGUUGGGCCACACACACACACACACAGCGCAAAAGUCACGAUCGCGCUAUUGUGGUGUUCAAUCAUUCAACGGGAGACUGUGAAGCAGAAUGAGAUGAUCCACCACAAAGGCCAGUGAGGGAGGUUGAUGGCGACUACCGGCUGAGUUCGGCAGGAGAGAGAGGUCGAAGCGUUGGUCUUGAAUGGAAACUGGCAUGGUUCCCUUUAAACGCUGGCUGCUGGUGUUGCUGCCACUGAUUUCCACAUUGGAAAUUGUUUGCAGUCAAAAUGUCACAGAUCCCUCUCCAGUGACUGGACUGUCUGUGGUGAGCAGGACAACAGAUUCGUUAAGGAUUGAAUGGACGUCACCAAAUGAUACAAGAGCCUCGAAUUACACCUACAACGUUACAGUCACUAAUGUUGCUGGCGGUGUUAGUUCGAUCACUACCACGGGUAAAAACGAGACAACAUUCACAGCGACAGGGCUGCAACCUGGGGAUCAAUACCUGCUGUCGGUGCGGUCAGUCACACCUGAGGACACACUGAGCACACCUGUGGAGGUGACCAGCACCACAAAUCCCUCUCCAGUGAUUGGACUGUCUGUGGUGAACGGGACAACACAGUCGUUAUGGAUUGAAUGGACGUCACCGACUGAUACAAGAGCCACUAACUACACCUACAUCGUUACAGUCACUAAUGUUACUGGCGGUGUUAGUUGGACCAAGAGCACGAAUAAAGACAAGACAACAUUCACAGCGACAGGGCUGCAACCUGGGGAUCAAUACCAGCUGUCGGUGCGGUCAGUCACACCUGAGGACACACUGAGCACACCUGUGGAGGUGACAAACACCACAAAUCCCUCUCCAGUGACUGGACUGUCUGUGGUGAACGGGACAACAGAGUCGUUAAGGAUUAAAUGGACGCGACCGACUGAUACAAGAGCCUCGGAUUACACCUACAGGGUUACAGUCACUAAUGUUACUGGCGGUGUUAGUUGGACCGAAAGCACGAGUAAAGACAAGACAACAUUCACAGCGACAGGGCUGCAACCUGGGGAUCAAUACCAGCUGUCGGUGCAGUCAGUCACACCCGAGGACACAGUGAGCUCACCUCUGGAGGUGACAAACACCACAAAUCCCUCUCCAGUGACUGGACUGUCUGUGGUGAACGGGACAACACAGUCGUUAACGAUUGAAUGGACGCGACCGACUGAUACAAGAGCCACUAAUUACACCUACAUCGUUACAGUCACUAAUGUUACUGGCGGUGUUAGUUCGACCACUGUCACGAGUAGAGGCGAGACAACAUUCAAAGCGACAGGGCUGCAACCUGGGGAUCAAUACCUGCUGUCGGUGCAGUCAGUCACACCUGAGGACACAUGGAGCACACCUGUGGAGGUGACAAACACCACAAAUCCCUCUCCAGUGACUGGACUGACUGUGGUGAACGGGACAACACAUUCGUUAAGGAUUGAAUGGACGCCACCGACUGAUACAAGAGCCACUAAUUACACCUACAAAGUUACAGUCACUAAUGUUGCUGGCGGUGUUAGUUCGACCACUAUCACGAAUAAAGGCGAGACAGCAUUCACAGCGACAGGGCUGCAACCUGGGGAUCAAUACCAGCUGUCGGUGCAGUCAGUCACACCUGAGGACACACUGAGCACACCUGUGGAGGUGACCAGCACCACAAAUCCCUCUCCAGUGACUGGACUCUCUGUGGUGAACGGGACAACACAGUCGUUAACGAUUGAAUGGACGUCACCAAAUGAUACAACAGCCUCCAAUUACAUCUACAACGUUACAGUCACUAAUGUUACUGGCGGUGUUAGUUGGACCGAAAGCACGAGUAAAGGCGAGACAACAUUCACAGCGACAGGGCUGCAACCUGGGGAUCAAUACCAGCUGUCGGUGCAGUCAGUCACACCUGAGGACACACUGAGCACACCCGAGCAGGUGACAAACACCACAAAUCCCUCUCCAGUGACUGGACUGUCUGUGGUGAACGGGACAACACAGUCGUUAGGGAUUGAAUGGACGUCACCGACUGAUACAAGAGCCUCGAAUUACACCUACAUCGUUACAGUCACUAAUGUUACUGGCGGUGGUCGUUCCACCACUGUCACGAGUAAAGGCGAGACAGCAUUCACAGCGACAGGGCUGCAACCUGGGGAUCAAUACCAGCUGUCGGUGCAGUCAGUCACACCCGAGGGCACACUGAGCACACCUGUGGAGGUGACCAGCACCACAAAUCCCUCUCCAGUGACUGGACUGUCUGUGGUGAACGGGACAACACAGUCGUUAACGAUUGAAUGGACGCGACCGACUGAUACAAGAGCCUCGAAUUACACCUACAACGUUACAGUCACUAAUGUUACUGGCGGUGUUAGUUGGACCCAGAGUACGAGUAAAGACGAGACAACAUUCACAGCGACACGGCUGCAACCUGGGGAUCAAUACCUGCUGUCGGUGCAGUCAGUCACACCUGAGGACACACUGAGCACACCUGCGCAGGUGACCAGCACCACAAAUCCCUCUCCAGUGACUGGACUGUCUGUGGUGAACGGGACAACAGAGUCGUUAACGAUUGAAUGGACGUCACCAAAUGAUACAAGAGCCUCCAAUUACAUCUACAACGUUACAGUCACUAAUGUUACUGGCGGUGUUAGUUGGACCCAGAGUACGAGUAAAGACGAGACAACAUUCACAGCGACACGGCUGCAACCUGGGGAUCAAUACCAGCUGUCGGUGCAGUCAGUCACACCUGAGGACACACUGAGCACACCUGUGGAGGUGACCAGCACCACAAAUCCCUCUCCAGUGACUGGACUGUCUGUGGUGAACGGGACAACACAGUCGUUAACGAUUGAAUGGACGCGACCGACUGAUACAAGAGCCUCCAAUUACACCUACAGGGUUACAGUCACUAAUGUUACUGGCGGUGUUAGUUGGAGCAAGAGCACUAGUAAAGGCGAGACAACAUUCACAGCGACAGGGCUGCAACCUGGGGAUCAAUACCAGCUGUCAGUGCAGUCAGUCACACCUGAGGACACACUGAGCACACCUGUGGAGGUGAAAAGUACCACAGAUCCCUCUCCAGUGACUGGACUGUCUGUGGUGAACAGCACAACACAGUCGUUAAGGAUUGAAUGGACGACACCAAAUAAUAUAAGAGCCUCGAAUUACACCUACAACGUUACAGUCACUAAUGUUACUGACGGUGCUAGUUCGACCACUAUCACGAGUAAAGGCGAGACAACAUUCACAGUGACAGGGCUGCAACCUGGGGAUCAAUACCGGCUGUCGGUGCGGUCAGUCACACCUGAGGACACAUGGAGCACACCUGCGCAGGUGACAAGCACCUCAAAUCCAUCUCCGGUCUCUGGGUUGACCGUGGUCAACAGGACAACGGUGUCAAUUGAAGUAACAUGGGCAGCGCCCACGGAUGCAAGGGCCCCGGAGUACACGUACAGAAUUACACUCGCCAACGUUACCCGUAGGGGCCGCGGAGCUAUCGACACAGGUCCGGGCGUGACAACCUUCACGGUGACUAACCUGGUCCCUGGGGUAGAAUACGAGCUGAGGCUGCAGUCAGUCACCCCUGCAGGCACACGGAGUUCCCCUGAGACCGUGAGGAACGCCACAAUUCCUGCCGCAAUAUCUGACUUCCGCUGCUCCGGAAGUACAGGGUACAUGGUGGAGGCAAAAUGGAGCCAACCAAACGGCCAGUUCAGCAUGUUCAAAGCCCUCACCUAUGAUGGUGAGCAAUUAAUCAGCAACCUCAGCCUUGGGAAGGAGGAGAGAAGCCUGACAGUGGACAACCUGCAGCCAGGGCGCACGUAUACACUCAGAGUCGUCACAGAGAGUGGGAACACAUCCAGCCAGCAGAUGACCACAAAUUGCCCGACCUCCUCUCAACCCAUUAUCAUUGGAGCGACGGUGGGCUCGUUGCUGGGUCUGAUCCUGAUUGGCAUCCUGGUUUUCUUCAUCAUCCGUAAAGGCCGGCAGCAGAGGAAGCAACAAGAUCCGAAACAUUCGUUAAUGUACAGCCUCCCGACAGCAUUCAAGCCCAUCCCUGUGAGUGAAUACAAGAGUUACUACCAGCGUAAGCACGCUGACACAGACAUUGGCUUUGCGGAAGAAUAUCAGGGUCUGGCAAAUGUGGGUACAAACCAGUCCAAAGAAGCAUUCCAAGUCCCAGAUAACAAAGUCAAGAAUCGAUACACUAACAUCUUCCCAUACGAUGUCGCUCGAGUUAAGCUUGAUCGCCAGCCUAAUAGCAGCUCUUCCGACUACAUCAAUGCAAGCUACAUGCCGGGCUACCACCUGGAUAAGGCGUUCAUUGCUGCCCAGGGACCCCUGCCGAAUACAGUGGUGGAUUUCUGGCGAAUGGUUUGGGAGCAGAAGACCAAGGUCAUCGUCAUGCUGACCAACUGUGUGGAACAAAAUCGGGUGAAAUGUGAACGCUACUGGCCGAUGGACAUGUCCUCCUGCCUCUACGGGGACAUUGUGGUGAAUAUCGUUUCAGAAGAAACCUCACCCGAGUGGACAACCAGGAAAUUCAACGUGAAGAAGACUGGAUGCCCAGAGCCACGCACCAUCACGCAGUUCCACUUCACCUCCUGGCCUGACCACGGUGUUCCGAAGACCACAGAUAAACUCCUGCAGUUCCAGCGGAUGAUGCGAGAUUACUUGAACAAAAAUCGGGCUGGACUCCCUGUGGUACAUUGUAGUGCGGGGGUUGGGCGUACUGGCACUUUAAUAGCCCUCGACUACCUGCUCCAACGGAUAGAAAAGGAGGCAGUGGUCGAUGUUUAUGGGAUUGUCCACAACAUGAGGAUGAGUCGAACCUGCAUGGUCCAGACUGAGAAUCAGUAUAUCUUCCUACACCAGUGCAUUCUGGACGUGACUGGAGACAAAUCCAUCGACGAGCCCAUCUACGAGAAUCAGGCGGACCUCAUCUAUGAGAAUGUCGACGCCAUCAAAGUCGCCAACAAUCACCGCGUCUGAAGUCAGAGUCGGGCCACUCUUCCCUCCAGCCACGUUGCCAUGGAUACCGGGCCUUGCAGCUGCCUUUGUGCCUUUUUCCGUUGUUGUACUGCCAACUCUGAUCCAGUGACGAUGCCCUGGAUACCAUCUCUCUCCCAGUCUUCUGGGGACUCUCGGGAUUCCAUUACACCAUCAUCGUGUGUGUGUGUGCGCGUGUACGCACGUGAGUGCGUGUGAGUGUGUGUGCGUGUGCAUGUGCGCGUGUGCGUGUACGCGUGUGUGCGUGUACGCGUGUGUGUGGCUGUCCACCUGAUUAGAUUUUACCUCGUCCUCACCUUAUCCCUCAGCUGACAAUGAACUACUUGUAGGAAGGUCGACAAAAGUGCUGGAGAAACUCAGCGGGUGAGGCAGCAUCUAUGGAGCGAAGGAAAUAGGUUCCUUCUUCAGACUGAAGGGUCUCGA